UUAUUUUAUUUUAUUUAUUAUUUUUUAUUUUUUUAUUUUAUUUAUUUAUUUUUUAUUAUUAUUUUGUUUCUGCACAAUCUCCUGCUCCACACUCCAGUAGUCCAGAUGGUGGCGGUGAUGCACCUCUAAGGUGGUUUGCCAACCGCCAAUAGACACCAAAGAAGAAGAAGAAGACGUUUCUAUGGUUACAGGACGCUGUGAGGCUUUUUAGAUUCAGCAUGCCACCCAAGAAAAAAAAGUCAACAAAAGGACGUAAGCUGACCAAGGCUCAGAAGGCGAAGCAGCAACAAGAAGAGGAGGAGAGGAAGCUUCGAGAGGAAGAGGAAGCAAAGCUGCAAGCAGAGAAAGAAAAGCAGGAGAGAUUGGAAAGAGAGGAGAAGGCGAAGGAGCUAGAAAGGCUUGAGUUAAAGGACCUAGAGCGCAGAGAAGAUGAGCUGAACGAACUUCGCCAUCUACUGGAGGAGAAUCACACUGCAGUAACCCAAUGGAGAAGUGAUGCUGCAGAGAAAAUCAAGUGGGAGAGAUACAUGCGCUGUGACGGCAUCCCAGAUCCGGCAGUACAGCAGGAUAUUAACACAUAUAUCAGCCUAUGGAGAGAUGACCCAGAGGUCAACAUCACACUCGUGCUCAAGCAAUGUAACGUCGCUCUACAGCUGAUCGAGGAGCUGGAGGGUCUACUCAAAGAUGUUACUGAUCCACAAGAGGCCGAGAAGUACCAGGAGGGUCUUGUACAGAUACAGGAGCUAGUCCACUCUAAACACCUGCUCACCACUGAGGAGAUCCUCAAGAGGGCCAGUGGGAACAUCGACACCGAGACAGGCAACAUGCAGACUGUGGUCAAAGAUGACAACAUUACACUGUGUCUCUGGGCCAACCUCAAGAUGAAUGCAAGGUUUAAAGGUUUAAACUUUGAGGACGCGGGCCUGGGCUUUAACCUUCCCAAACAGCUGGCAGUGAGCAACGUCGGUGUACGGAUCCUCCACACCCGUUACGACCACCUGUCCUUGCUGGCCAGGAUGGCUCACCUGAGAAUACACGCACCCAGCCGCAGGUCUCUUGCAGGUGGCGAGGAAGCAGACAUAGAUGCAUCUGAGCAAGGGGAGACAGAAGGAGAGGGGGAGAUGGAGGAAGACAACGAGACCCAGCAGCAGCAGCAGCAGAGAGUGGACGAGGAGGAGGUGCAGUUCAUCCAAGGGUCUGAAGAGAGGAAGAGUUCAGCCAGUAUACGGUCGGGGAGAAACAGUGUCCAGUCUACAGGAAGCCGAGGGAGCCAAGGAAGCCGAGGGAGCCAAGGAAGCCGAGGGAGCAAAGGAAGCCGAGGGAGCAAAGGAAGCCGAGGAAGCCGAGGGAGCCGAGGGAGCCGAGGAAGCCGAGGGAGCAAAGGAAGCCGAGGGAGCAAAGGAAGCCGAGGAAGCCGAGGGAGCCGAGGGAGCCGAGAGACCCAGAUAGAGACCCAGAUAGAGGCGCUCAGCGCUGAAGGGGACGUGACUUCUCCUGUAGAGCACCUGAGUGAGAGUGAGUUUGCCCAGGUGGUGGACUUAAUGCAGCACACACCUCUGGGUGGGGUCUUCUACUAUGACGUGUUUCAGCUCCCGCCACAAGCCCACCAGGUCAACGGCUGGGAAAUUAGACAGCUGUUGGACAAAGGGCUACAGGUGUUCCCCUACCCUGUGGAGAACUCUAACUUAGAUGACACUGAAGGUCUUACCUGCCCUCCUGUCGGCGCGUCUGUGACCCUGCCCGACUCUGUUGUCUUCUUGGAGACUCCCCAAGUGGCUCGCUGGGAUGCUGCAGCGAAGCAGUGGAGGAUGGACGGUAUCACUGACGUGUCUUAUGAGGAGGCGGAGGCCAGAAUCUCCUUCAAGAUGGACUUCUUCCAGGCCUUUGUGCUGGUGCAGGAAACUUACGCCAACCUUCCCUUCCAAAGCUGGGAGCUCAGGCCACUGGGACACGACUCAGCUCUUUUCACCAUCAACGGGGCGCUCAUCGACCUCAGCAUCACGAUCCAGGGUAAUCAGUGUAUGUUGCAGUCAGAGCGAGAGAGAGGUCUCUCUCACCUCACAGGGAAGUGGAUGAGUGGCCCCGUCCUGCAGAGAGCCAUGCUCAACGCAGGGAUCAACAUCUUCGUGGAUGAGUACACCGAGAAAUACGUCAGCACCUGUGGCAAGGACCCACUUACAGAGCAUGCUGCCUACGAGCAGAUGGCCCUCUUCGCCUCUGCGUGUGCGUUCUCGUGGAGCAAGUGGAAUGCCAAAUGUGGAGCUGAGCAUCUAGUCAUGCAGGUGUGUGAGCACCACGGCCCUGCCCCGGUGCCUAAGGCCUCUUGGAGUCUCUACCUGCUCGGUGCUCAGAGGAGUCAGAAGCUGGAAAUCACAGAGAAGAGUGAGGCGUUCUCUCCAGACCAUUAUCCCGGAAGUGAGUUUCACUCCACCUUUAUCCACAUGCUCCAGGACGACAUGAGCACUGAUGGCAUAGUCAGGACUAGAGAAUGCAGUUAUCUGUUCGUCGAUACGGUGCAGAGCCUGCUCUGUGCCACCAGACCCCUCAUAUAUGCAUAACCCUGUGUGAACAUUUUAAACCAACAACUUAAACACCUGAAUUUUAAAUGUGGAUGCAUAGACUGUAAGAACACACGUCUUCUAUUGUAGAAUAGGCUACUUUAUUUGUGCAAAGUUUCACGCAUCUUCUUUGGAACAUACAAAAGAGUAUGAAGAUGAAAAACGGUGACAACCACAGCAAGAACGUAAAGAG